GCCCGAGCGGCCGGGGAGGGAGCGGGGGCUGGGAUGGGACGGGAUGGGAGCAGGCGAGGGGACGGCCGAGCCCGCGGGCGCCUUUAAAAGCGGCUCUGGCCGGCCACUGCCACCACAGCCGCUUCUCCCGGCGGCGGCUCCGUUCCCCCUGCCCUCCCGCUAGCAGCCCCCGGCCCGGCCGCUGCGCGGCAGGCGGCUGUGCGCGCCCCCGGGUGCACGGGUGCGGGUGGCCAUGCCCCGCAGCGCCUGCUGAAGCUUCCCCGCCGUCGCUUUCUGCUCGCAGCUUUCCUCUCUCCGCUCCGCCGCCGCCCUGCGGCCCCCGCCCGCCGCCAAGCUGGAGGAACGCCGCAAGCCCGAGCCCCGCAGGAUGGAGGACGAGGCAGUACUGGAUAGAGGGGCUUCCUUCCUUAAACAUGUAUGUGAUGAAGAAGAAGUGGAAGGUCAUCACACUAUUUACAUUGGGGUCCAUGUGCCGAAGAGCUACAGGAGAAGGCGGCGUCAUAGAAGAAGACCUGGGCACAAAGAAAAGAAGGAAAAGGAGAAAAUUUCUGAGAACUACUCCGACAAAUCAGACGUAGAAAAUGCUGAUGAGACAAGCAGCAGCAUCCUCAAACCACUCAUCUCCCCCGCUGCCGAACGCAUCCGCUUCAUUCUUGGAGAGGAAGAUGACAGCCCAGCACCCCCGCAGCUUUUCACAGAGCUGGAUGAGCUUCUGGCCGUUGAUGGACAAGAGAUGGAAUGGAAGGAGACUGCCAGGUGGAUAAAGUUCGAGGAGAAGGUAGAACAAGGUGGGGAACGAUGGAGUAAACCUCAUGUGGCCACGUUGUCCCUGCACAGCUUGUUUGAGUUAAGGACAUGUAUAGAGAAAGGCUCAAUAAUGCUGGAUAUGGAGGCCUCUUCUCUCCCUCAGGUGGUGGAAAUGAUCGUUGACAAUCAGAUUGAGACGGGGCUUCUGAAAUCUGACAUGAAGGACAAAGUCACCUACACGCUGCUCAGGAAGCACCGGCACCAGACCAAGAAGUCUAACCUGCGCUCUCUGGCAGACAUUGGAAAGACCGUCUCCAGUGCAAGUAGGAUGUUUACCAACCCCGAUAAUGCACGCAGCCCACUUGAGAGCUCCGUGCCCUGCCUAGCGACACGCACGCUGGAUGAUGAAAUCCGAGUGCAGCGCAGCCCCAGCGUGGGAUGGCUCAGCAGUCCAGCCAUGACUCACAGAAAUCUGACUUCCACCAGUCUGAAUGACAUCUCUGACAAGCCUGAGAAAGAUCAGUUGAAGAAUAAAUUCAUGAAGAAAUUGCCCCGUGAUGCUGAGGCCUCCAAUGUGCUUGUUGGGGAGGUAGACUUCCUGGACAGUCCUUUCAUUGCCUUUGUCCGGCUGCAGCAGGCAGUUAUGUUGGGUGCUCUGACUGAAGUCCCCGUACCUACCCGAUUUCUCUUCAUUCUACUGGGACCUAAGGGCAAAGCAAAAUCCUACCAUGAGAUUGGCCGAGCCAUUGCCACCCUGAUGUCUGAUGAGGUGUUCCACGACAUUGCCUAUAAAGCCAAGGACCGACAGGACCUGAUUGCUGGCAUCGAUGAGUUUCUGGAUGAAGUCAUUGUGCUCCCCCCUGGGGAAUGGGAUCCAGCCAUUAGGAUAGAGCCCCCCAAGUCUCUUCCAUCUUCAGAUAAAAGGAAAAACAUGUACUCUGGUGGAGAAAAUCUGCAGAUGAAUGGAGACACGCCUCAUGAUGGAGGACAUGGUGGUGGGGGCCAUGGGGACUGUGAAGAAUUGCAGCGAACUGGCAGGUUCUGUGGUGGCUUAAUCAAAGACAUAAAGAGGAAAGCACCGUUCUUCGCCAGUGACUUCUAUGAUGCUUUAAAUAUUCAAUCCCUUUCAGCCAUUCUUUUCAUUUACCUGGCCACAGUGACCAAUGCUAUCACUUUUGGAGGACUGCUUGGUGAUGCUACGGAAAACAUGCAGGGUGUGUUGGAGAGCUUUCUGGGCACAGCAGUCACCGGAGCGAUAUUUUGCCUUUUUGCUGGUCAGCCACUCACAAUUUUGAGUAGCACGGGACCUGUCCUUGUCUUUGAACGGCUUCUCUUUAACUUCAGCAAAGACAAUGAUUUUGACUACCUGGAGUUUCGUCUCUGGAUCGGCCUUUGGUCAGCCUUCCAGUGUCUCAUUCUUGUUGCUACUGAUGCCAGCUUCCUGGUCAAGUACUUCACACGCUUCACCGAAGAAGGUUUCUCCUCACUUAUUAGCUUCAUCUUCAUUUAUGAUGCUUUCAAGAAGAUGAUCAAGUUGGCAGAUUAUUACCCGAUCAACUCCAAGUUCAAGGUGGAUUAUAUCACACAUUUCUCUUGUGCCUGUGAACCACUGGGUCCAGAUAAUAGCUCAUUAUUUAAUGGGACAACUGUGCCGUCAGUUGAUGGGCUGCCCUAUUCCUCUACCGAGAUGUACAAUACCACCAUUGACUGGUCGUCUCUGACAAAGAAGGAGUGCUUGAAAUAUGGAGGACACCUUGUGGGCAACAGCUGUGAUUAUGUCCCUGACAUCACCCUCAUGUCUUUCAUCCUCUUUUUUGGCACUUACACCUGCUCCAUGGCCCUGAAGAAAUUCAAGACCAGUCGCUAUUUUCCAACCACUGCCAGGAAGCUCAUCAGUGACUUUGCCAUUAUCUUAUCCAUUCUGAUUUUCUGUGGAAUAGAUGCCCUGGUAGGUGUGGACACACCAAAACUAAUUGUGCCAAGUGAAUUCAAGCCCACCAGUCCCGAGAGGGGUUGGUUUAUCCCACCUUUUGGAGGGAACCCAUGGUGGGUGUACCUGGCAGCAGCCAUCCCUGCACUGCUGGUGACUAUCCUCAUCUUCAUGGACCAGCAAAUUACAGCCGUCAUCGUCAACAGGAAGGAACACAAGCUCAAGAAAGGUGCUGGUUAUCAUCUGGAUUUGUUCUGGGUAGCCAUCCUGAUGAUCAUAUGCUCCUUUAUGGGUCUGCCCUGGUAUGUUGCUGCUACUGUGAUCUCCAUAGCUCAUAUUGACAGCUUGAAGAUGGAGACAGAAACUUCAGCCCCUGGAGAACAGCCCAAGUUUUUGGGAGUGAGGGAGCAAAGAGUCACAGGAGUCAUUGUUUUCAUCCUGACUGGUGUGUCUGUCUUUAUGGCUCCCAUCUUAAAGUUUAUUCCCAUGCCUGUGCUCUACGGCGUCUUCCUGUACAUGGGUGUCGCUUCCCUCAACGGCGUGCAGUUCAUGGAUCGGCUGAAGCUGCUCUUGAUGCCUCUAAAACACCAGCCUGACUUUAUCUAUCUGCGUCACGUCCCGCUGCGCAGGGUCCACCUGUUCACGUUUCUGCAGGUGGUGUGCCUGGCCCUCCUCUGGAUUCUCAAGUCAACUGUGGCUGCUAUCAUAUUCCCUGUCAUGAUCCUGGCACUUGUAGCAGUCAGAAAAGCCAUGGACUACCUCUUCUCCCAGCAUGACUUAAGCUUUCUUGAUGACGUCAUUCCAGAAAAGGACAAGAAAAAGAAAGAAGACGAGAAGAAGAAGAAAAAGAAGAAGGGCAGUCUGGACAGUGACAAUGAUGAUUCUGACUGCCCCUACACAGAAAAAGUCCCAAGUAUUAAAAUACCAAUGGACAUCAUGGAGCAGGAACCUUUCCUAAGUGAUAGCAAACCUGCCGACAGAGAAAAAUCACCAACAUUCCUUGAACGCCAUACGUCGUGCUGAUAAAAUUCCUCUUUUUCAGUCACACACCAUGCCAAGCCCUCCACGAACUCCAGUAAAAGUUGUGCCUCAAAUUAGAAUAGAACUUGAGCCUGAAGACAAUGGUUAUUUCUGGAGGAGCAAGGGAACAGAAACUACUUUGUAAUUUGUCUGUCUGUUAAAUCUUAUAUGGAAUUUAUUUUGUCACUAGCCAAAUAUUAAAAUGCUCUCUGCGUCCCACCCGCAUAGGUAGACAAGACAUUCUGCGCUUCCCCCUCUGCCUUUACACCCUGCAGAUUUUCUUUUAUUCCUCCUCACCCAGUUUUUCCACUCUGACCAAGACUUGUUUUUGCCUUCUCUGUCACACGCACGCAUCUCUCUCAUUUUCAAGCAGAGGGCAGAAUUAUUAAGGAUAUAAUAUAAUACCUUUGUGAAAUGCCAGAGAAACUGGCAUUACUUUAGUUGUGAAUCAGUGUUUGUUUGUUUCUUUGUUGUCUGGCAGAACAAAACUGACCUCCAGGCUAAUUCAAUGUCUUUAUUACACUGCUCUAAGAUGCUGGAAAGUGCUGCUAAUACUAACUUGCUCUUAAAGCCUGUACUUGUAGUAACACAAGAAGGAAAACUAAAAGGUACUUCACUCCCAGCACAAACUAUUGCCAUCGUUGUAGCAUGUGUUUUGAAAUGUCCCUUUCCUAUGCAAUUUUUUUUUUUUUAAAAGAACACUUUAAUGGACUUAAUCCGUCAGGUACAUUGAAGAGUGUUAUUUUCCUAGAUUAUUUUGUUUAAAUUAUGGGGGCCUAACCUAUGACUUUUUUUUGUCAAUUUUUUUAACCUUUUUUUAAUUACUGUAAAGAAAAAUGAAUUUUUCCUGCAGCAGGAAACAUAUAGUUUUGAGUAGUUCUACCUCUUAUUUCUAGAUGCCAGGCUUUCUGUAAAAAUGUAUUGUACCAUAUAUAAUGUGAUUUUUACAAAAAAAAAGGAAAAAAAUACACAAUCUCCAGGACAUGGCAUAGGGCUGGAUCAGUUUUAUUAACACCUUCUACUCUGAAGCAUCUGUUUUACUUAGGGUUAUUUUAUUUUUUAAUAAUCUAACUUUACUAUGAAGGAGACAGGAUGUAACUCAAAUAUUUUGUGAUCUAGGAAGACUCUUAAGUUUAAUGGUGGUAAGUAAAAUACUGACCUGUUAACGGUGUCAGUGGACAGAUGCUGAUUGUAUUCAUUUUGUUGAUUUCCUAUGCAGUAUUGUUCGAAUUAUUUCAUUUAAAACAUGCGUGUGUGCACGUGUGUGUAUGUGUGCAAAUGAAAACACCCUGUGUGCAGUUUAGACACAAUGAUGGAGAAAUUUAGGAGAAAGCUGAAUGUAACUUACGGGGAUAUUUAUCCCCAAACCCAUAUUCAGGAGGCUUACGAAGAUCUACAUCCUCCUUGUGGAUUGGCAGCACCCCAAAUCAUGUAGAGAAUUUACCCUUAAACUUGAUUGCUCAGCAUUCCCCUAGGUAGAUUGAUCCAUCCACACAUGGUGAUGAACCACUAACAAACUGGCUAAGCACAGUUACAUGCAGGCUUUUGGUUUUAAACCAAGCAAGCAUCACCUUGCAUCAGAUAAUUUUCUCUGUAGUGUGUACACAAUGAACUUGUGUAUGAAUAUAAACAUGCAUUUGGGAAACUGGGCUUCACCAGUGUUAUUUUAGGUGUGAAGAUUACAUGGGAUGUGCUGAAAAGGGUUUAUUUAUUUAAUAAAUAAGACGAAAAAAAAAAAAAGCCCAGUUGUAAGGGCUGAUUCCCAAAAGGUAAAAAUCCCCUCUCCCCCCGAGGAUGGGCACAUUGCUUGCAUGCAAGAAGUGCCCUUGCUUGCAGCAGGUAAGAGAUCAGGGGUCCCCACCCCCAAAAGGCAGCAAGCAGCCUGGCAGACCCUCAUUGGUACUCGCUGCUCCUUGCAUGUGGCACAUUUGGGGAUUAAGCAGGAAGGGGAGCAGCUUCCCAUCAUUGGGGGGGGGGGAGGGGGAGGGAGUUGUCCGUAAGAGCCCCCACCACCAGGCAUUAAAAAAUGCACUUGCAGAAACUGUUUUGUAAUGCCUAAUGUGGUUUUGUUUCUUUUACUUCUAAUGUAGUAAAAAUACUAAAUAUUAAAGUAGCACUUAAUGUCCUCCAUACCUGUUGUAAAGAAACCAAAGUCCAUGCCGAUUAAGGAAACAAAAUUCUAUUGUGGUGCUGACAGACUUUAAAUGCCAAAUUUUUUAGCAUCUCCAAACUAGUAACAGACAGAUCACCAAUCAGACCUGCAGAACAGGGCUGUUCUUUUUUUUCCCAGAUAUGGGAUCUGGUUAAAUGAUGUAUUGAUAUGGACUGUAAUAGCUCUUAGCCUGAUCUCAUGCAAAUGCUCUUUGCUGCACAAAACCGAUGGAGUUGCAGAGGAGUUGGCACAGCAUGCACACGUGCACACACCUAUGUACAUUCCCCAAUGUGUUACCAAGGAAUCUAAAUUUCUGCUUUCCUAAAUUUUUGUUUACUGUGAGAAAGCAGUGCAAGAGGAAGGGAGAGCAGCCGCUCUUCUUCGUUGCCCUGAGAGGUCAGCAAAUCUAGCCCAAACCUGCUUCAGAAAGGUUGAGGAGACAUCCAAAGAGGCCAUAAAAGCAGCCGCUAUGUGAUCCCUUCUGCUGCCUGUUAGGAUUAGCUGGAGGACAGAUAACCUGGGGAGUGCAAUGCUAACUUAAAUGUGGAGAAAAUGGUUUUCAUUCCUUGGUGAACAGAAGUCACUGACUAACAGAGGGGAAACAGACUCAAGUGUCAUGUACAGAGUACAUGUGAGCUUUUACGUUUUGCCCAGACGUUUUAUUUGUAGAAAUGCAAAUAAGGAAAGAUCAAAAUAGAAUAUUAGAAAGAUUUCCUUGAGAGAGCACUGACAGACCACCACCCCUGCCUACGGUAUGCUCAAAAGGCAGCAUACAGCACACAUGCAUAUACGCACACACACAAUGCAUAUCUUUUCAUCUGCUAUUACCUGGUGAUUUGUCUCCACAAAAAUGAGGUCUUCCACUUUUGAACCAUGUUAAAUGUACUUGAAAUGUAUUGACUGCUGAUCUAGAUCUUCUCUCUUUUUUUUUUUUUUUUUUUUUUUUUUAUUUUCUCCAGACUGAGCUAUUUUACAGAGGGUAGCAAUGUUCAAGGGAUGGGACAAGGAUUUCUGUAGUUUUCCAUGUAAAACAAAACUCUGGUGACAGAAGGGGGAAAUUUUUCAUUUCCUGCUUCCAGACAACAGCACUUCAUUGAAGGUUGUGUGUCCUUUGUUGUUUUUUCCUUUAGAAAAAUAAACAAACCACAGAGACAGCAAGCAAGAGCUCUGCUGGCACCAAGAGAUAGAAGGUAAUGAAAAGUAGCCAUCUAAUAGCAUUUGAUGGGCUGACAUCACCACAAGGAGAAUUUUACUGCACUUUGUAGGCCUUGUGACAAUAAAACAAAAACUAAUUUUGGUUCAGAAUUGGGUGUUUGGAGAGAAAAGCCUGGGUGAGCACCUCUGGCCUCUGGAGAGGCUCCUCUUAAAGAAGAGUCCAUAAAGAAAUGAGCUUCCCAAAACAUUUUCUCAUAGAAGUCCUACAAACCAGGUACCAACUCAGGGCUGAUAUCCUGGAAUCACCCAGCAAAACCAAACUGCAGAUAGCUUUGUCCCAGCCCCACAAAAACAGUGAUUGUCUGCCUCUGUAGCCACUACUUAUUUGUCGUCAUGGUCGACACGUAUUUGUACUCAUUAUUUUUUUUUCCUUGGAAUCGACAUGCACUUUCAGAUACUUUUAUUAUUUUUAAUUCUCUUAAGUCUGUAUUUGCUUUGGAGGAAAGAAUAAAAACUUAGUUUAAAAUGAAGUGGAUCAAGAUGGUGGAACAAAAAGGAAAAAAGCAGAAAACAUUUCAAUAUAUUAAAAUGAUUUUUUCCAGUAAUAUAAAACAUGAAAUUCCUUAUAACAUUAUAGUAUUUUACAGUUUUAUGAAGCUUUCUAUUGUGACUUUUAUGGAAUCAAAAGAUGAAGAUGAUGAGAUAUUUUAGCAUUUAUAUUUUUCAAAAUUAAAUGUAUACUGAAAAUAAAGUAACUUUAUGCAUUUA